CGAGUAUCCGGGGACGGGAAGGCAGUAAAACAUGGCUGCUCUCUCAGCCUGGUUCUGGAACGAGAGGUUUUGGCUGCCACACAACGUAACCUGGGCGGAUCUGGCCGAUCCAGCUCCCGGGGUGGAGUAUCCCAAAGCUAGACACUUGUUGGCCGCCUUACCGCUGGCUCUGGGGAUCUUUACAGUCCGGAUACUCUUCGAAAGAUUUAUUGCUGGGGCCUGUGCUCGAAGUCUCCACAUCCCAGCAGGUGUUGGAAAAAGAGCCCAGCCCAACGCAGUGUUGGAGAAGGUGUUUACCUCCAUCACAAAGAACCCCGACUCCCGGCAUCUAGAUGGCCUGUCCAAGCAGUUGGACUGGGAUGUACGAAAAGUCCAGCGUUGGUUCCGACAUCGCCGGAACCAAGACAAACCCAGCACACACACAAAGUUCUGCGAGAGCAUGUGGAGAUUUACUUUUUAUUUGGGCGUAUUUAUUUAUGGCUUUCAGUUUCUCUGGCAGUCCCCAUGGAUGUGGGACACACGACAUUGUUGGUACAGUUACCCCUAUCAGGUCAUGACUCCUGGUCUUUAUCACUACUAUGUGACUGAACUGGCCUUCUACUGGUCUCUUAUGUUUUCCCAGUUUAUCGACAUAAAAAGGAAGGACUUCCUGAUCAUGUUCAUCCAUCACCUGGCAACAGUGGGCCUCAUUAGUUUCUCUUAUGCCAACAACAUGGCACGGGUGGGAAGCUUGGUGCUGUGUGUCCACGACGCCUCCGAUUUCUUGCUGGAGGCAGCCAAACUGGCCAAUUAUGCCAAGUAUCAGCACUUGUGUGACUUCCUCUUCAUUGUGUUUGGUGUGGUUUUCUUUAUCACACGACUAGUUAUAUAUCCACUAUGGGUCUUGAACUCUACUAUGUUUGAGAGCUGGGCCAUUGUUGGGCCAUUUCCAUCCUGGUGGAUCUUCAACGUCUUACUGCUCGUCCUCCAAGUACUACACGUCUUCUGGUCUUACCUCAUAUUCCGUAUAGCUUUCAAAGCCAUGAUGCGAGGGAAGGUUUGUAACGACGUCCGUAGUGACAUUGAGAGCAGCUCAGAAGAAGAGUCUGAAAAGGCCACAAAAGGGCCCAAGACUUUCCUUCAUAACCCCAAGGGAGAAAACGGCACGAACGGCCACUGUGCUGCAGCCAAAGCCCGACCACAGAACCACAGCAGCUGAUGACCUGAAGCCGGGAACCCCCCUGCAGUUCAGCUCCUCGCAGCUUCUCCGAGCUUAGUUUGAGAACGUUCCUCUCACCGAGACUCACUCCCACAUAUUAUACUGA